CAAACCAAGGCCUCUGUUAGCUUUGCUUGAUUAGCUUCUUGUUCACUACACACAGCCAGCAUUCUCAUUCCCAUUGUGAUUGGAUUCAUUCAUCCAUCUUCUAGAGAUGACGGUGGCUGUGAUGCCGGCCUUGGACGCUCACACUCGUAUCCCAGCGCCGUCCCAACUGGACGUAGCAUGGAACUCCAUCUUCCAGACCAAGCCCCCGCCGGCAAUGGCGCCCAAGGCCAGCUCCAUGGCCAUGAGCAACCAAAGCAGGCUGGACCUCUGCACCGAGAGCCUCGGCUGCGAGACCGGCUCCCACGACGACAUCAUGGAAUGCCUGUACGCCCGAACGGUCCCAGAGGCCGAGCAGCCAUGGGAGGAGCCCACACAAGAAGAAGAGGAGGAGGAAGAAGAAGAAGUGGGUGAUCAUGGAGUCUUGACGGCGGUGCGUUACCACCGGGCGCCGCGCGCGUUCCCGCCGCCGCUGCCGUCCAUGUCGCGCCGCCUGCAGAUGCGGCCCGUCCGCCGUGACGGCCGGCUCGUGGUCGAGGCAGUGGCCACGAAGCCACAUGGGUACCUCCACGCACGGCGGCAGGAAGGGCGCCUCAGGCUCUGCUUCGUGGACUGCCGCUCUGUUUCUGACCAGAGCCAGAGCCAGAGUCAGAAGCAGAGCAUCUCCCCUAUGCAGCAGCAGAGCAUGGUGCCACAAGAGGAAGAAGAAGACGAGGACGACGAGGUUAAGGUGGUUGACAGGGGCACCAUGGUCGAGGUGGUGGCGGCGUCCGGCGGCAAGGCGUCGAGGAUCGUCAUCAACAAGUUCGUCGGCGGCGCGCCGAUGUCGUCGGACUCGGACGUGCAACAGCCAUCGCCGCCGGUAGCUGCUGCUGCUGAUCAUCCUCCUGAGCUGCCAGGGAUGCGGCGGGUACCUUCGUCCACCACGACGCUGGCGGCGGCGGUGGCUGCGGCCGCUUCCUCCGGCAUGGACGACAGCGACGACGAUGACGACGAGGAAGCAGAGUCAGAAUGCGAGACAAUCAAGGAGAAGAAGAAGCUGGUCUUCAGUUGGCGGGCAGGGGCCGGCGCCGGGGACAGGGAGGAGCUUGUGCGAAGCGUGCGGCGGUGCCGACAGCUGAGGAGGCACAAGCAGCCCCUCUUCAUCCUCGAGCCAUACUACACCAUUAACAUCGCCACCUGAUUGAGAAGCUACCAGCUGUUUCCAUUCUAAUGUGUUGGGUUGUUGUACUCCCUAUAUAUGUUCAGUGUAUGGCAGAGUACUAUAUCUUGUUCUUCUUCUUCUUGUUUGUCUAUCAACAUGAUCACGGGCUUAUAAUAGUUAGUACA